CUUUGCACAAUAUCAUUGAGUCGUUCGAUAAGGAUGGAUUUGUUGUCUUCCGUAACAUCAUCGUGAGGAGAAGCUAGAGAGGUAGGAUUGGUCGUCGGGGAUGGGGAUGGGGAUCGCGCAAAACGAGGCGAGGUCGGGGAGGAGAACUGGGAGGAAAGUUGUCGAGUUAUGCCCAGAUUAUAUGACAUUGUUGAGGGCAUUGGUGAUCCAUACAGAGUUGUUUCGAUGUCAUGGAAUCGAAAGGAGUUGACCUCGGAAUGAUGGAUUGAGUGUUACUUGGUGCCAACCUUCAUGGGCACCUGGGCAGGUACAACGAGGCUGGGAAAGUGGGGUCGGCAGGUGAAAUGUUGGCAGGGAUGUUGGCAGAACCAACCUGAACGACGAUCUUGCUCCGUACUCCGUACAUAGCGGUGAGUAGGGUAAGUAUAAAAACCCAGGAAAAAAUAGUAGAAAACCAACGCAAGACUGGAAAGAAAAAUUGAAGUAUUCUUUUUGUAGAAUUCUUAGUGUAAAUAGAAGAAGUGUCAGACUUCGAUUUUGAGCUCCCUCAAGGCGGGGUAGCUUUCAGUUUGAUCUCCUUGGCAAAACAAAGCGGGUGGCCGUCCCUCGGAGCUCAAUUUAUUCAGAUCCAGGCUUUUGGUCAACUUUCUGACCACCUACCGUACAACCCAACUCAAUACCUGUGCCACCUUUCGUCCUACUUCCCACGUAUUCCACAUCCGAGUCCCUGCGUUUUUCAAGAAGCUAGAUUUCGAGACCAACAGAAAUUAUAAGAUAUCUGCAGAAAUCUGUCACCAUGGCGGCAAGUGUACGCGGAUAGAUGACUCCUCGAUGCAAAGCGAUCAAUUGUUGACCAUUGUAUAGGAAGAUUUCCUUCCAACGCUCAAGACCGUCCGAGAAGUCGUAUCACAGUCCGCCGGGAAGCCAAAUGCCCCAAAUCUCGUCCCAAUCUAUGCCCAGAUAUCGUCUGAAGUCCUCACCCCAUCUGGAGCAUACCUGAAGAUAUCAAACCACUCCAAAUCCGAUUUCUCCUUCUUGUUUGAGAGUGCAAACACCGAAAAGGUGGGAAGAUAUAGCUUUGUGGGAGCUGGUCCUCGGAAAAUACUGAAGACUGGAGAAGGUCAUGGACCUGAGGUAGAUCCCUUGCCAGCAUUGGAGGAGGAGCUAUCAAGGAGUCGAGUUGCAGAAGUCCCUGGGUUAGCAUUACCACCAUUGACGGGAGGGGCAAUUGGGUAUGUUGGAUACGACUGUGUGCGAUACUUCGAGCCCAAGACGAAAAGGCCUAUGCAGGAUGUGCUAAAGGUCCCGGAAUCACUUUUCAUGCUCUUUGACACAAUUGUGGCCUUUGAUCGAUUUUACGACAUUAUAAAGGUUAUCACGUAUGUCCAUGUACCAGAGGAGCCGAAAGAUCUUGAAUCAGCGUACGAAGAUGCCCAACGAACAAUCAAUGAGCUUGUCGAUGUUCUACGUUCCGAGCAUACCCCGCUACCCCACCAACAACCAAUUCAACCGAACCAAGAAGCCGUUUCAAACAUUGGCCAGGAAGGUUAUGAAAAACAUGUCACGACGCUCAAAAAGCACAUCAUUGCUGGAGAUAUCAUACAAGCUGUUCCAUCUCAGCGUUUUGCCAGACCAACCUCACUACACCCGUUUAAUGUUUAUCGCAAACUACGAAAUAUCAAUCCGUCGCCAUAUUUGUUCUACAUCAACUGCAAAGACUUUCAAAUUGUCGGCGCUUCUCCCGAACUUCUCGUAAAACGGGAGAAUGGGCGAAUUAUUACUCAUCCAAUUGCUGGUACAGUAAAACGAGCACCAAAUGAUCCAAUUCUCGACGCGAAACUCGCAGACGAACUUUCUAGUUCGCUUAAGGAUAGAGCUGAACAUGUCAUGCUGGUUGAUCUUGCAAGAAAUGAUGUUAAUCGGGUGUGUGAUCCCACCACAGUCAAAGUUGAUCGCUUGAUGGCUGUAGAAAAGUUUAGUCACGUGCAGCACCUGGUUUCACAAGUUUCUGGGGUCCUCCGGGCAGGGAAAACGCGAUUUGAUGCGUUUAGAUCUAUAUUUCCUGCUGGAACCGUAUCCGGGGCCCCAAAAGUCAAGGCUAUGGAGCUUAUUGCGGAGUUGGAGAGGGAGAAACGGGGUGUCUACGCAGGAGCUGUAGGAUACUUUGGGUAUGGAAGCGUUGACAAAGAAGGCAACGAGUUGGAAGGAGAAAUGGAUACUUGUAUUGCGUUACGGACGAUGCUCGUGAAGGAUGGUAUAGCGUAUUUACAAGCUGGUUUGUUGGCCCUUUCCGACACUUAGUUGAUUUGCUCCCAAGCUUACGAUAUACAGGCGGAGGUAUUGUUUUCGACUCCGACCCUUACGAUGAAUACAUCGAGACUAUCAAUAAGCUUAAAGCGAAUACGACCACGAUAGCUUUGGCCGAAGUACAGCACUUGAAGGAGCAGACAAAUGCCAAGAAUAGCUUAUGACGAAGGUCAAGCUCAACGCAAAUUCGAGAGGUGAAGGAAUAAUGCAUAUCCACGCUCCAGACAAUGAGGUGAGAUCAUUACAAUGAAUUUAUUGAAUUUAUAAGAUGAUCUACGGUAAUAAAAAGUAGGGGUUAUUGAGAAUCGAUACCCCUUUGUUAAGCGAGUUAGAGAAAGUCAC